GCCCCGGGCGCUCACGGGGGCCGCCGGCCCCUCGCCGCCCGUCGGGGGCCGCAGGAGAGGCGUCGCUAAGGCUCCGCGCGAGCCCCCCGACGCUGAUCUUGGUCUGGUUUUCGCUCGUUAAAAACAUCUUGGCCCAGUAGCAUCCCACUUGGGAAAUUGCUAGAACGUAUGUUUGCCGCUGGAAGUAACGUGUGUCUCCGCGGAAGGCUGAAUUUUUUAUCUGUAAGGCUCCAGCUGUUGUUACCCACGUGCGCAGGUGCGGGUAUCUUAUCGUUGCUCACUGUGAACAUGCCGAAAUUAUGUUUAUUUGGUGGAUGACAAAUGCGGUUUGAAUACGCUUGCCUUUAUAUUAACAGAUCCUUUUAUGGCAAUAGUUUUAAAGGACACGCUGGAAAAAAGAGGUGCGCUUGGACAAAUAAAAGCAAGGAUCAGAGCUGAAGUUUUUAAUGCCCUGGAUGACCAAAGUGAACCGCGGCCACCACUGUCUCAUGAAAAUCUCUUAAUCAACGAACUAAUUCGUGAAUACCUGGAAUAUAACAAAUAUAAAUACGCAGCAUCUGUUUUAACUGCAGAAUCUGGCCAGCCUGAGGUGCCCUUGGAUAGACAGUUUCUUGCCAAAGAGCUGAACAUCGUCGAAGACACAAAUGGAAAAUCAGUCAGACCUCUCUUGUACGGAAUUAUCUCUCAUUUCUUACAUGGUGGUAAAGAAGAAAGUACCCAGAAUAUCCUUCCAAAAGUGUCUUUGCUGAAUUAUCCAAAGCAGAACCUUGGGAAACCACCUACUGAGAGAAAUCAAAAAGAUAGAAUUCCAGAACCAGGAAGGAUGGCUGGCACGAGCAUCGAAGAACCCCUUGUUUUACAAAGUAUAAACAGAUGAUAGCUUUCAUAUUGCUCAUAGGAAGUUCUGUAAGAGUUAAUUUAAGAAAUUCUUCUUUGCGUUAAUUUCCCCGAUACGUCCAGUGGGACCAUUUCAGCUUGUUAGAUCUACCCUGAGACAGGAUGGCGGGCUCAUGCUCACUGUCGAGGAAAAAAACAUUAGCAAAGGCUCUCUUCCUCCAGGGCUGAUAGAAGGAAAACUGUAUAUGAAGUCAGAUUAGUGAAGACUGGGUCUAGAAUUGGGCCUAAAAAUACUGUACUUUGUAAAAAUUUAUCAGAUACCUUAUCACUUCUGCACUUUCUGUAUGUCUCUGUGUGUCUUUCCUGUGUUUCUGAAUAAAAUUUUUCAGUUUUA